AUGAUUGAGAAUACGACAACAUUGCGUGAGACUACAACUACUGUAGAAAGGAAUGAAAAACCGCUAUUUGUUAAACUUUUCGUGAUUUUCAACAUCUCAAUUGCCGUUCGUCAUUUAUUACGCCAGUUUUUAAGCCAUUACAAGAUCGAUGGUCCCAUUGUAAAGCACGGAGAAUCACUUUGGUCAACCAUUGAAUACAUUCUUCUUUUAACUGCCAUUGUCCUGGUACUCAAAAACUAUAAGUUGAUUCUACAAAGAUGUGCUGCAGAAAAUUGUAAGAUUUGUGAAAGGUUGAAGAAGGACCCUUAUUCAAGUGUUAAACGGUUCAUCCUGUUUCUUACAGCAUUUACUGUUUUAACUCCUAUUAUAUAUUUUACUGUUACCGGAUACAUUAGAAGGCAUCCUGAUGAUUAUAGGAAGUUUAUUGAUAAGAGUAGUUGGAGCUAUUGGAUUGGUAUUAUUGUCAUUAAUAUAGAUGGGAUUUCAUUUUGUGGAAUUUGGAUAUCUCUGAUUGAUAUGUAUUUCAAACAUCCAUUUAGAGAAUUUGUUCAAUUGAAACAAGAUUCAAAUUCAAAAGAGGAUUUGGAAAAGGGUUUAUUAUCAGGAAAAAAAGACUAA